AGAGAGCGUUUCGGUGAGCGAGAAGAGAAUGUGCAACAACAAAAUGCAAAGUGGUGAAAUACCUAAGACACGAAUAUGCCGACAACAUCGUAUCUAAAAAAUCAGUCGACCAGCAAUAUUAUUUGGAAACAUAGCAAACACACGAUUUGCAAAAUACAACGGACAGAGCGAUUGAGUUGUGACGCCGCGUCGUCCGUCUAUGUCGUGCGAAAAUAAAAAAUAAAAGGGAAUUUCAAUUGCGAUUAUUAAUUCGAAAAAGAAGAAGAAACAACAAAUACGCCGAGAGUGAAUUAAAUAAUAACAAUAGAAGUGAAAAUAAUUAACAAAAGUAAUAACAACAACGGCAAGUCUCAGCGACUCGUUGUGUGUGGUGUAAUAAGGCUAAAGCCAAUCAUCCAGCCAGCCCACCAUACCAUUGCGUAUGAGGCGAUAAUUGUACGGAUUAAAGUGCACAAAAAUAUUUUAAAAGAAUUAACCAACGUCAAACAUAAUAUUAAAAAAAAAAAUACUGAAUAAAAGCAAAGAGAAAAAUAUUCAGCCAAGCAAACAACGUGAAUGUCUGUGCUCAGAGUUUGAAAGAAAGUUAAAACAAACCACGAGAAAGAAAAUAACGUGAAACCAGAACACGUCGUGUAAAUUCCAACAACACAACGAAACCCAAAAGAAUUAUAAGAAAAAAGUUUUUCCUCAAAAGAACAAAGAGAAAGUUGAAGAAAAAAAAACUUAACAACGCAAUUUCUUGACUUGUGUAUAUCCUACUUUCUUAUGCCUUCGGCAAUAUAAAAGUGAAAAACGUCAGCUACAACAACAACAACAUCAGCAGUAACAGCAUCCAACAGCCGUGCAGCUAUCAUCACCGCCAACAACUCACCUCUUUGGCCCCAUCGCUUAACAAUUUCUUUCCUGUCAAUCGAAAGAAAAAAAGAGUUCAACAACUGCCGCUGCUGCUGCUUUCCAAAUCUUUUAGCCAGCGAUUCAACGUAUUCUUCUUCAAGGCAACAAGAUUUCGCUUAGUUAGCUACUUCGAGCUACCUUUUUUUUUUGGAGAUACAUAUUUUUUCUGCAGAUUUCACGCAAAAACCUAUAAGAAUACAUUCACAAACGAAGAGGAAAAAACUGCGACACUAACGCUCGGGGCCAUUUAGUUGGCUGGCCAACAAACGAGGUCAUUAUCGAAUACAUUAAGCAGCGAAAAACGCAGCAACAUUAGCAAACAGCUAGAAAACGUCUUUUGAAGCGUCUUUAGGAAGUUCAAGUUUGUCAAGUGCAAAACCCAAAACAGCAACAACAAAUUGCGUAUCUUUUGAGACAAAGAAAUUGCAAUUGCCACGGAGGCGGUGGCAAAAAAACAAAAAACAAAACAAAUUCCACAGAGCAGCCAAACAAGGAGAAGACGUCGACCACCACAGCGUUAUUGAACUGUUGAAAAGCAUCAGAAGCGAGUCGGUUCUUGCAUUCAUUGUCAAAGCAAACGAAAAACGGCUGCUGCUGGACUGUAAUAACACGGCAAUUGCAGGAACAGGAGGUGGAGGCGGCGGCGGCGGCGGGUAGGAGGUGGGGUUGUUUGUGCAUAUCUUUCCUUGCCGUUGGUGUGAUCUCCCGCCUACACGAACAAAUUUGUGUUGUUACAACAGAUUAAUUGUUUUUGUUGGACCAAAAACAGCAACAAACACAACCAUAAUACAUAUUUGCAUAUAAUUGACCAAGAAAAUCGUUUUAAUCAUCAUCAGCAGCAUCGUCACCUCCAUACACCCCAAGCCACCUUCUCGUCAAGAAACUUUUCUCCUCGUCAUCUGCCUCUCAUUUAUUAAACACCCUCGCCUUGUCAUCAUUAUUUUCAUUAUCUAAAAAUGAUUUCGAAUAAAAAAUCCUAUGCCAUGAAAAUGCUGCAACUGGCUUUGGCCCUCAGCCUUUUGCAUGUCAAUCCCGAUGAUUAUCUGCAACAAAGACUGCGUAACUGGGACUCCCAGCUGGAGCUAAGGGAUGGCGAUGGCUGGGAGCUGGAAAUGUUAAGGGCUGUGCCCAUGGUCGAAUAUCCCUAUGCCAACCGCAAAUCCAUGAUGCCCCUCAUUGAAGAUCUCAUGCUCUACGAUCACAGUUUGGCCAAUACGCAGUACAAUGUGACCGCCUAUUUGCUGAACGUCUCCAAUGAAAGUGCAAAUCAAACGGCGGCCAUGCAAGAAAUGCAAGCCAUACCUCCACCGUCGAGCGCCACUACCACAGGUGGGAGUUCGUCAAAUUCUCCCACCUCAUCAUCGUCGCCGUCGUCAGGUGGUUCGUUAACAUUAGAAAAUGUUCGAAACGGCACAACGGCCACAGUUAGUUCCAUAGUCCAUGCCGCAGGAAGUUCGAAUUCCUCAAACCUACACAACCUUCCAACACCGGAAAUUGAGCUAUUUCUCAACUCGGAAUCAAUGCAAGAUCAACGCUCGGUAUGGGAACAAAAUCUGGCAGAUCUCAACGAUUUCAAUGAUCUGCCGAUUAUGAAUAGCCAUUAUGGCAAUCUACCUCUAAAAGAUGGCCAGCAACAGGAUCCAUCGGGCCAUUUUGAUUUACCUCAUUUGGACGUGUUUCUACCGACCUUUGGUAGUUCCGCAAAUGCUUUAAAUUCCGAGGCGGAGGGAGCAGUGGCCUUGAAUGGUAGUUUUCCAAAUCCUGAUGACGCAGUUGGCAUUAAACUGGAACAACUGGACGAUGAAGAUGACAAGGCUCUGUUGGUAGGUGUUAUGGAUACACGAGCCGCCACUUGUUCCACACUGUCGCCAGAUCCAACGGAUAUUGCCGUAGAUGCUUGCAUCAAAAAGGAGGAACCCGAAGAGGAGGUGGUGGGGCAAACGGUCAAAGAGGAAGAAGUGGAUUUAAGUCCAUUCAUCGCCAACAUGGAAUUGACAAAGGAGGAAAGUGAAAUUGUCGAAGUUCUUUGGAAACAAGAUGUCGAUUUGGGCUUUAGCCUCACCGAAGCCCAACUGGCCGAACUUGCCGGCAGUAGCAGUGCUACGGAAAAUGCCGUCAACAGCGAGGAUGAAAUUGAAAAGUUGAAAGCCCUCGAGGCUCUCAAAUUGGAUAAUCCCAAAUAUGAUUCCAAGGACGUUGACGAUGAGGAUUCAAAUCAGUUGGCGUCCAAUGAAUGGACUGGCAUACCGUUUACCAUUGACAAUGAAACUGGUGAAUACAUUCGUCUACCUUUGGAUGAUAUACUUAACGACGUUAUACAAUUUGCUGAAUUGGCUGGUGGCGAAAACGACGAGGACGACACAACCGGUGCCAGUACCUCAAAAGCCGCUGCAGCUGCUGCCAACAAGAAAAUUUUGAAAACUGACAACGAGGACACGGACAACAACGACGACAACGAUCCGACAGAUAAUCAUUCAGCAAAGAAGAAUCCAUCAUUGGAUAAAACAUUGAAAAGUGAAGGUGGUGAUUAUAUUCCAGACGAUUUGGAAAACCUUCACACCGAAAAACAACUAUCCAAAGGCAACAAGAGCAGUGACACCACUAAGGGAGACGCCAACGAAGAAGACAACGACGAUACCAACAACGAUCACGACGACAACGAUCUACCACAAUCUGAGAUUGAAGUCAGCUCCAUACUAUCGCCAUUGUUUGAUUUAGAUGACGAAGCAAAAGAAGAACUAGCCGAUCUAAGUAUGAUGUUACACUCUUCAGCCCCCUUUGCACCCCAUCAUCACCAUCCACAUCAUCCGCAUCAUCGCGGUGCAGCCGGUGGCGUUGUGGGUGGUGCCCAAAACUAUGGCAGUGUGAACAGUGCAUUCCAUCGCCAGCCGAGUUCGGGUGGUUUCCAUCAUGGCCAUCAUCAGGGUCGCAUGCCCCUUAGCCGUGGUGUCUCAAUGGAACAACGUUUACAAGAUAUCGCCAGUCUGUUCAAUCCCAUACCAAGCAUGGGCGUCGUUGGUGGUGUCUCUGAAAUGUCACCCUACCCACACUAUCCCACCCAUCCGUACACAUAUCAAAGUGCUCCACAACAUGCUCAAUAUCCACCACCACCGCCACAUCCCCACCAUCAUCAUCAUGCCGCAGCUGCUGCAAUGUUGCAUCCCAAUGCUUCUUUGGGUGAUUUGUGCUCAACACAGCCUCACUAUGGCCACAACUUGGGUUCAGCCGUCUCGUCGAGCAUGCAUUUGACCAAUUCCACACAUGACUCCGAUGUCACUGGAGUGGGUGCCGGCGCUGUGGGUGGUGCCUAUAAAAUGGAACAUGAUAUGAUGUAUUAUUCGAAUGCUUCUUCUGAUAUGAAUCACACUACCGACGGUUUUAUCAAUUCAAUUUUAAACGAUGAAGAUUUACAUCUUAUGGAUAUGAAUGUUAAUGACAGCUUUUGUCGUAUGGUCGAUGUCAACAACAGCACCAGCAACAAUUCUUCAGUCUUGGGUUUACCCACGGGCACUGGUCAUGCCAGUGGUGCCGCCUCUGGAGGUUCAACAGCUGGUUCUACGACUAGCGGUAUUUCGAUGAGCGCGGCCAGUAAUGUAGCCGCCUCUGCUGGCGCACCCGUCAUGACAAAUGAUCUAAUGAAUGCCACCGGAGCAGCAACUCAAACUGUUGCCGGUGGUACGGAUCGUUUAGAUGCUUCCAGUGAUAGUGCUGUUAGUUCCAUGGGCUCGGAACGCGUACCAUCUCUAUCCGAUGGUGAAUGGGGCGAAGGAAGUGAUUCGGCCCAAGACUACCAUCAGGGUAAAUAUGGCGGGCCAUAUGAUUACAGUUACAAUAAUAGCGCAACCAAUCGCUUAAAUGAUGGCAGCCGCCAACCACCUGUUGCCCAGAAGAAACAUCAUAUGUUUGGCAAGCGGUUUAUGAACGAGCAACCCGCAGCCGCUAAUUUGGGUGCUGCCGGAUCGGGGGCCAAUGGUCCAGCUGCUGGCAGCAAUAAUGUUGGUGCCCUGGUACAUGGUGGCCCAGCACAUAGCAUUAAAUAUGAAUAUGAAGCUUAUCCUCCUGUAGCUGGACUACAUGAAAAUAUGAAUGGUCAUGGUUUGGACAAUGGUGCAAUGGGUGGACCGGCAUUGAGCAAGGAUCAUCAUGGCUAUGGUCCCGGAGCCUAUUCCCUUGAUUUCUCCGUACGUACACCUCGCACACCACACGAAUUAGUGCAGCACAACCACACGUACACUUUGCCGCAGGGCACCGGAUCUUUGCCACGCCCCCAACAGCGUGACAAGAAACUCUCCACUUCAUCCUCCACCAAAUCCGCCAAAUCUAGCCACAAUAGCAGUGGCAGCGGCGGUGAGGAGGAGACCUAUAUGACACGCGAUGAGAAACGUGCUCGAGCCAUGAACAUUCCCAUACCAGUUUGCGACAUCAUUAACUUGCCCAUGGAUGAAUUCAAUGAGCGUUUGUCCAAAUAUGAUUUGAGUGAAAAUCAAUUGUCGUUGAUUCGUGACAUUAGACGCCGUGGCAAGAAUAAGGUAGCUGCCCAGAACUGUCGUAAACGUAAGCUAGAUCAGAUUCUGUCGUUGGAGGAUGAGGUGAAACAGGUUCGUCGUCGCAAAGAUGAAUUAAAUGCUCAACGCGAUAGAUUAUUUACUGAGCGUAAGAGAGUCUCCAAUAAAUUCAGUGCUUUGCAUAGGCACAUCUUUCAAUAUUUACGGGAUCCCGAAGGCAAUCCCUGCUCUCCCUCGGAAUACAGUUUACAACAGGCAGCUGAUGGCUCAAUUUAUCUCUUACCAAGAGAUGCUGCCAAUAAAAAUGACACCAACAGCGCCGUUGGACUCCUAAACGGUGGUGCUGGUAUUGGCAGUCCCUUAAAUGGUCAUUCACAAAGCAUGCCCACAGCCGUGGGACACCAUCACUCCGCACAUCCAGCGCCUGGUGCUGGUGGUGGUCAUAAUUUGCAUCAAGCGCCACACCAACAGACAGUCCUGCAUACAGCAGCUGGCUCAUUGGCACAUAGCCACGUGCAACACCAUCACCAGCAUCACCAUCAUCAGCAACAACAUAACCAAACGUCACAACCACAGACAACAACACAUGCCCAUGGUCAUCAUACUACAACACAUGGAGGUAGCCAACAACAGCAACCGCAAAAAGAUUGAAAUUUAUUGUGGCAACACUAUGCAGCGCAUUGGUUUCAAAUACAUCCUCCUUCACAUCAGCAAAAUCAUCAUCAUCAUCAUCCUCGUUUUUCACAAAACACACAGUAUACUACUACAAAUACUAUUACUAAGACAAGCACUUGUACUUUAAGCUGUCAGCAUCAUCACCGUCAUCAGCAACAACAACGGAAACGUUAUCCUCCUCUUCAUAAACAAGCGAAGCCUGGAAAUGCACAUUUCUGUAUUGACAUCAUUCAUCCUGCUCCUACACAUCAUUAUCAUCCAUCUCAUGGGCAUUAUGAGUCUACUUACUAUUGAUUAUUUUUUUGUUUAUUAUUUUUUUAAAACCACAUCUAUUAUUAUAUUAAUAACAAUUCAGGGGACUUUUUUUCUUAAUAAUUUUUAUUGUUAAGCAAAAGGAUUAUUGGGAUUAUUACAAAAAAAUAUAUAUAAAUAUAUUAAAAAAAAAAACAAAAAAAUAUUGAAAAUGUUUUUAAAUAUUAAGGAGUUUUUUAUUUGAUUUUAGAAAUUUAUAAGUGUAUAAACAUAAAAAUACACAUUAAGUAUGUAUGUAUGAAUGUGAUUUGAAAAAAAUGAAAAAUUGUAAAAAAUCCUUUUAAACAAAUAUUUUUUUAAAUUAUAACACUAGAGAUCAUACAUAAAUACAAACAAAGCUGUUUUGUUAGGUUUCGUUUACACUAAUAAACGAAAUCUUUUCUUAAAAUAACUCGAUUUUUGCAAACAAAUGAAACCAUCUAAAAUGAAUUCAAUGUUUUCGAUUUUCCUAGACUUUAACACAAAAAAACACACAUACAUAAACAUACAUACAUGAUAAUAAAACAUAUAUUGUGAUUAUAUCACAAACUUAUAUAUAUAUGGGAAUGUAUGAUUGUAACGAUUUGAAAGAAAUAAAAAUACAAAAAAUAUGUUAUAAUCAUUUGUAGGCCUGUAAACAAUUGUAUGUAAUUAAUUUGAACAAAAUUAUUUUGAAUUUGUGAUAAAUUAUGGUUUUUAUUAUAAUUUAAAAUGUCUAAAAAAAGCUUUUUGUUUACAAUUUAUUUCUUUUAAAAUUUACUUUUUGGUUAAAUGGAUUAUAUAUUAUAGAAUAAAUGUUUUAUUUUUAGUAACACAGUGCUAGGAUUUAGAAAAAACGGAAAGCAGAAAUAAAGAAUAAGUGAUCAUCCAGUCCCUAAAUUUAAAAGAAAAAUUGCUAAUAUAUCUCGAAGAAAGAGAGGUGUUAUGACCUUCAAACUUUUUUCAAUAUAUCGAUUUCUUAAAUAAUUACGUCCCAAUACUUUAGCUCAUGUUAAGUCGACUUUAGAUUGUACACAUACAUAUUUUUCAAAAAAUAUAUCCUUUUUACAAAUGUAUAUAUUAUUGUAAUUUAAAUUAUUUUUAAAAAUAAUACAACAUUUUUCAUUUUUUCAUGAAAUUUUUGAUUUUUUAUUUGAACGAAUAGCCUCUUUGCUCAAGAUUUUAUUUAGGUGAUUGGAACGACUUUUAAAUAAAAUACAUACUAGGGCUUUACUGAUUCUUGUGUGUGAGAUUGUGUGUUUGUCUUUAUCCAUUUUGCCUCAUUAGCUUCCCUUUUAUGUCUUAAAUCUCUCUGUGUAAGACGCUUAAAAAUGUGGUAUUUUUAGAUGUGUCAUAUUACAAACUUUCAAAGUAUAUAGCAAAACAUAUAAUACUUACUUCGUGGUAACUGCUAACGCCGGAUGGUUUUCUGAAUACUUGCUGUCAUACCGAUGAUUCCAUUUGUAUAUGAUUACCCCAAAAAUCUCGUUAUUAGUUGAAUAUUGUGUUCUCAAUUUGGCCACGAAAGUAAUUUUCCUAAUUCAAAACAUGUUUCCGUCUGCUGAUUGUUGACACAUAUUUUUAAUACUGUCCCAGAGACGAUACCAUUUUAAAUUUGAUGAAAACUGACUUAGAUGCAGGCUUCCAAAUAUCUAUUUCUACUAGGAGUUUACACCACUGAUAUAUUAGAGAUGUUGCGUCUGCCAAAUGAAAAAUUAAACGAUAUAAUCUACGGUAUUCAGUCCACGAUCAACGGUGUUAGCUUUCUUUAAAUCAUUAAGUUGUAAAAUCCUAUUCUAAAUGUUCACUUAAGGUGUAUUUUUUUAAUGAGAGCUAAAUUUUUAAUUCGUGUAACUAUUUGAUUUAAAAAUUGGAAAUAUGUAGAGUUUUUUACUACUCUCAAUGCUGCCAAAUUUUAAGUGCGUAGUGUUUUUUUUUUUCAAAUUUUUCAAAAUGCUUAAAAAAGAAUUUGCUGAUUUUUUCUUCUCUGUGUUAAUGCUGAAAAGGAAUGGUUGGGAUAUUUUACAAUUGACUCGUUGUAUUUACAGUUUAUGGUACCUCUCAAGCCACAAUAUGCAUCACAUUUCGAUAACAGUUUUUAUUACACAUUAUAAAUACCUAAAUUUAGAAAUUCAGAAAACAUUUAAACAUCUUAUAUCCAAAUUAAAAUUCAAGGGAAUAUCAGUGAACAUUUCAAAUUCCGAUUCGGCUCAAAGAAAAUUGCACCUCCUUUUUACACGUGGUACCAUUUUAUGUUGUAAUAUAGUCGUAAUACUCAUCUGAUUAUUAUAAAUACCUAAAUUAAAAAAUUCAGAAUAUCUAAGAAUCUUUUAUCCAAAUUAAAAUUCUGGGGACUAUCAAAUUCCAAUUCGACUCAAAGAAAAAUUCACCUUUUUUUACAUGUGGCACCAUUUUAUGUUGUAAUAAAGUCGUUCAAAACUUAUUCUGUCAAAACUUAAACUUAUUCUGCCAAAUUUGAUACUAAUAACCAGCGACUUAGCUUUAGUACAACUUUUAACCGAUUCCAAAGGUAUACUGCGAUACAUAAAUCCGAUAACGUUUAUAUUUCACAUCAUGCUUAAAAAUAUACCUUGGAAUCGUUUCAUAUUUAGUUCGCAAAGGAAUAUUGAAACAUAUAUAUGCUAUAUAUGGCUGCAUUUAUAGAAGUUUUGCUCUUUUUUGAUUAUUUGUUCAAAUUAUAUUUACUUGCAGUAUAACAAUUGCUCCAAUUAUCCACGACUGACUACAUAUAAUGUAGAAAAAAAAUUUUUAAUAUAACCCAAUAUUUUGAAAGGGUUUCAAAAUUGUCACUUUAAAAAAGGUAGUUAUUUUUCAUUGAUUCCCCUGAGUUACAUCACCAACACGUUUUGUUUUCUCCAUUUGAAUUCUGUAGCACUGUGUUAUGCAUAGUUUUGAGCUUUUAUUAAAAAAAUGGAUAUAGAACUACAUAUAAGAUCUAUAUAAAAUUUAACUACUAAGCACAAUUA